AUGGCGGAAGAAGCGCAGACAAUCAACCUCAGGAUCCUUUCACCCUCGACUGAGGUGGAAGGCGGCGUGAAUCUUGCAGACAUCCCCGCUUCAACCACGGUCAAAGAGCUUCGGCGCCGCAUCCAGGAUGCAGCGCCCUCCAAGCCUGCACCUGAGCGCAUGCGCCUGAUCUACCGGGGAAGAGUUGUAGCCAACGAUGCCGAUACUCUGGGCAAUGUGUUUGGUGUUGACAACAUACGUGAAAGCAAGGACCAGAGCCUCCAUCUGGUCCUACGAGAGCUUCCUACCACUGGAAACUCUCCAGCGUCGCCUGCAUUGCGAACGUCGACUGUUCCGCCGAAUCCGUUUCAUCCUCCUCAAGCUCCAGCUCUACCCGCAAACCCGCUUCAGACGAAUCCAUUCAGGACGCUGCCACAGGCUCGACCAAAUUUACUACCGCCAUUACCGCAACCGCAUCAGCACCCACUUCCGGGGGGUCAAGCACACGUGAUCCCCAUCCCUCUUCCCCAACAAGUACAACAUCAACUUGCUCAGGCCAUGGCACACCAAGGACAGCAGGACAAUGAGCGAGCUCCAAACUCGACAUCUGAGCAGCCUGGGCAAAAUAUACAGAGACCUGCAGACGCUGCUCAGGGACCACUUACUGGUGCAACACCUCUACCAGCGCUGGGACUACCCAAUCUCCCCGGCAAUGGCGACCAACCACUACGACGAGAAGGCGUUGGACCAAAUGGGGCGCGGUGGACAGUCACAUACAACCAGGUCAACAUACCCGCACGAAUUCAGCAGCCUGCCCCUCCGUUCCCUCUUCCACAUCCGCUAGGCUUCGCUCGUCCACCAAUCCCACCGGGCGUUCUUCCCUCAAUGGGUCACGACAAUACCCAGCGCUUGCUGCCUCGGAUUCGGACCAUCUUCCAGGAGACGCAACGGGAGAUGGACAAUGUUCGUACGCUACUACAGCCUACGCGUGAGCCAGAUACACAGACUGAUCGGUCCUCAAUAUCAAACCCCCAGCCUUUGAAUCUACCCGUUUGGCGAAUCGAUUAUAUACGCCAACACCUGAAUACCAUCAACCAAAACUUGAACGUUGUAGAACGGGCCCUCGCCUUCCUUCCCACCGAACCGGAAGUGGUAGCGCUGAGACGCUCAGUCACCGAAAUUAGGGUAGACGCAUUGGAAUUGAACAUCAUACUUGACCGGCAACAGAGCAGUGCUGCUCCCAGUCAACCAGGUACUUCAGUUGCAUCCACCGACCCUCCAACUGCUGGGGUGUACUCCAGUAGUACACCUGGCGCUCCAAUCAUGACACCAGCCGUGCCUAUUACAUCUCAACCACGGACACAGAACGCUACACCAACGAUACCCACAGAUGCGCCAGCCGAGUUGUUCCUCUUAUCGAGCCCGCAGGGACCGGUCGGCCUUCUCUUUGACCAGCAAGGUACAUAUACUACGGCUCCCAUGGUGGCUACUCUGCCAUUCCAGAGCUUCACAAACCAGUUUGCCCAGAACAGACAGCUUAUUGCUGGACUGGGACAACAAAUGGCACAUGGAUCCAAUCAGUUGCAUAACCAACUGGCCAAUCUUCAGCCGACACCAACACAACAGCCGGCGGCUGGUGGCCAGGCUCCUGAUCAGAACCAAGCACAAAAUCAAGUCCAGAACCAGAACCAGAACCAGAACCAGAACCAGAAUGCAAAUGUAAAUGCGAAUGCCAAUCAACCCGAAGAAAAUGAUCGCAUGGUCAACGUCUUCGGGCACUUAUGGCUCAUUUUCAAGCUGGCUGCAUUCGUCUAUUUCUUCGCAGGAGGCGGUGGCCUCUACAGGCCCAUCAUGCUUGGCAUCGUUGCCGGCGUGGUUUACCUGGCACAAAUCGGUGUGUUCCAAGAGCAGUUCAAUAUUAUACGUCGCCACUUCGAGGCCCUUCUUCCUGUAGGAGCCCUAGCCGACCGCGUGGCUCAGCCCAACAACCAACGCCAAACCCAACAGCGAGGUAAUCUAUCACCCGAAGAAGCGGCCAGGAGGAUAUUGCAGCAGAGAAGGGACCAAAGAUUUGGGUGGAUCCGAGAUAGUAUGCGUACAGUCGAACGCGCUUUUGCGCUGUUUGUUGCCAGCCUGUUCCCGGGCGUUGGAGAGCGGAUGGUACACGCGCAGGAAGAAAGGGAGAGACUUGAAAGGGUGGCAGCUCAAGAAGAGAGGGAGCGUCAGGAGGAAGAGGCGAGAAGAAGGGAAGAAGAGGCUCAAGCACAGCGUGAGCAAAAGGAUGAAAAGAAGUCUGAGACCGAUCUCGGAACGCAUGAAGGAUUGGAUGCCGGUGCGAGCACCAAAGGCAAGGAGAGGGCAGUAACAGUGCAAGACGAGGCUUCAGGCUCCGCUUCAUGA